CGACAAAGUCAAUCCCAGUAUGCAUCACAACUUCGUUAGGGCCUACUCGAUGGACAGGGCCUACUCGAAUGAUUUCUUCGAUGAUGAUAUUAUGGAUGAAUCCGAGACACCACCAACGAGCCCAAGACCGCCGUCGUCAGAGUCGAUGGACCUCGACAACGACAGACAACCCAACCAUUUCAUCGUGGCAGUCGACUUCGGAACCACCUUCUCGUCAGUUGCGUAUACCGUCCUUCGGCCCGGUGGGAAAAAGGCACAGGUCGAACUGGACGACAUCGCGUGUAUCUCCAACUAUCCCGGCUGUGAAAACGGAGUUUGGGGCCACCGAGCGGAAGUCCCGACAGAAAGUUGCUACUUCAAACCCAACCUAAAACCCAAACCAAUUCAAGGCAGCCGAUCCUGCUUCAAAUUGAGAAGUCGGCGGGUUCUCGAAUCCAACAAUGAGGACGAGGAGCAUGCUGGGCCAGACCUCACGGAUGAAAUGGCGGGUGAUACCAAUGAAACCGGCCCGGCGUACCAGGGCCCGGACUACUGGGGGUACGGGGUGCAAAAGCAUUUCAAAGACCCCGACGCCGAUCGAAAGAGGUUCCAGCGGGUCACUCGCUCCAAGCUGCUGUUGGACAAGAGCGAGUACACCCGGCACCUCCGGAAAGAGCUGCACGAGGUUGUGCUGGACCUUCAGAAACGAGGGACGAUCCGGAGCGGAACCGACUUCAUUGUGGACUAUUUGAUCCUCCUGCUCAAGCACACCAAGGACGAGCUCUGUCGACUUCGCGGUUUCAAGAACGGCGACUCGGUCGAGUUUGUCCUUUGCGUGCCCGUGGCUUGGAAACGACGCGCAUGUCGCAGGAUGGAAAGUGCUCUCCGGGAGGCCAGCUGUCGAUCCGGUUUUGGCAAAGUCCUUUCGCACAGCGUGGAAAACCUCUACAUUGUGUCGGAACCAGAGGCUGCCGCUGCUCGUGUUUUGACAUCGAAACAACAAGACAUCCAGGUUGGCGAUACGAUACUGAUUCUGGAUGCCGGGGGGGGAACAGUCGAUGCUGUUACCUACAAAUUAAAAGACACUGAGCCCUUGCGGAUGGAAAGAGAGGCUGUGAGACCAGAGGGUGUUUUAUGCGGAUCCAGCUUUCUCAAUGAAAGAUUCGAACAACUGCUGCGCCAACGGUUGGAGGGAGAAACGUACCUGAACGUUGACACAGGAGGUGGACAGAAAGGCAUCACGAUCGAGGGCAUCAUCGGGGCCCUAGUCAAUCAGUUUGAAAGUGACAAGCGAGCUUUCGACAUCAUGAACCCCAACUUUCAGGGCACCAGCUUCUUCAUCCAUGGCUUGCAGUCGAAUGAGGAGAAAAAGUUCGACCCUUGGCGUUUGAACCUGGACCGUGGUGACCUUCGGUACAUCUUCGGUGAUCUUUUGAAAGGAAUUUUAGACCUGAUGCUCCGCCAAAUCGAAUUGGCAGAUAGGCAGGGGAUUCUCGUCAAGAAAGUCUUACUGAUUGGCGGGUUUUCCGCCUCACCCUCCCUCAAUCGUUACCUGAAGAAGCAUUUACACAAGCGAUCUCGGGAGACCGGUCAUCUAAUCGACCUCCUAUGUCAAGAAAUGCCCGAGACUGCAGUCGCCUUUGGCGGGGUUCUCCGCGCUUUGAAUAGAGAGGACGGGCCUACAAGAGUCAUCCAGUCCAGCUACGGUUUUCAACGCACCGAACCAUGGGCUCCCGAAAUGAUCGACGCUCACAAACAUAGCAAACCAUUAAAGGUGGACCCCAAUGACGGGGACCUAUAUGUCAAAAACACUAUAUUCUGGAUCGUCAAGAAGGGUGACCAAGUCCCUCCAUUUUCCGAACAUACUAUAACUUCAAUCUUCACCUUUUCCGCCCAGCCAAACCAAAGGUUUAUUUGCGAGGAGAAACUGUUCGUCUCUGACAAACGCCGCGAGAGCCAUUACAGGAAGGGCCAUAAGAAUAAUAAAGGGGCUAAAGAGGCUGGCAAGAUCGUAGUAGACAUGACAUUCCUGCGCACAGAUGGCCACAUCCAACCCAUCAUGCCGGAAGGUACGCACGGGCAACUACACUACCGAGUAGAAUACCAGCUGGUUAUGAUCAUUGACGGGUAUAAUAUGAAGUAUGAGGCGCGGUGGGGUAAUAGUCAAGAGCAACGGGUCCUCGCCUCAGAACAGAUCAAUAUCGCCUCUGCCUUUGCCAAUAUCGAGACCGAGGAUGGAUCAGAAGAAGGGGAGGAUAAUGACUGAAGGCCUUGCAUCCAUUAUAUGAGAUGCAAGCAUGACAGAGACAGAAUUUACAUGUCAAGAUUAAAAUGGAGCAUACAGCGUUGAUUUUUUUUUUUUUUUUUUUUUGUUGUUGGGGGGGAGACUAACUAAUCUGGUUAAAUAUGAGAUUUUAAAUGUUUAUAAUGCCCCGUUGAUGAAUCAGUGCCCUGUGUUUAAACCCUGCCACUGAUGGGCAACGAUAAUUUUGUUGUCAAUUCGAUGUAUAUAAACAUGAUAUAAUCAGAAUGGAACUGAAUUGAGGACCCUAAUUGAACAAAUGAGUGGUAUCCGGUAUAUCUCACAGGAUGAUUCCUGACAAACACAUCCAUUAAUCCGAGGCUUGUCACGUAUGGAUUUAUUAUGUGAGUACUGA